AUGGAACUCAACCGAGAACGUUUUCGCGCCAUAUUUUAUUACAACUUUCAGAGACAAUUAUCGCAACAAGAAUGCCUUGCUGAGUUACUGUCUGUUUUCGGCAACGAAGCGCCACAUCAGUCGACAAUUUCCCGUUGGUAUGGAGAAUCCAAACGUGGACGGGUGAGUCUUAGCGAUGAUCCUAUUGUGGGUGCACCAAAAACGGCAGUCACACAGGAAAACGUCGAUGCUGUGGGCAAACUCAUCAUUGAAGAUAGACAUGUGACAUAUCGCGAGAUUGAGGCGUCCUUGAAGAUCUCAAAGACCUCAAUUCAAAAAAUUCCACAUGAAGAAUUAGGAGUAAGAAAAUUAGUUUCUAGUUGGAUACCCCACCUGUUGACUAAAGAGCGCAAAGCAGCCAGGAUUUACUGUUAUGAAAAUAAACGACAGUCGGCUGUUUGGAUGUUCCAAGGUGAAGAAAAGCCAACAAAAGUCAUCCGUUCUCGAAGUGUUUCGAAAAAGAUGGUCGCGACAUUUGUGUCAAAAGCGGGUCAUAUUGCAACAAUUCCUCUUAAUCAGCAAAGGACUGUUACUCUUCAAAAAAUCAACCCCGAAAGAAGAAUCAUCCUCCACCAACCCAAAAAAACAAGGCAGUAUUUAACGGAAGAAAACGUGGAAUUAUUGGACCAUCCUCCAUAUAGUCCCGAUCUAAGUCUUAACGAUUUCCUUACUUUCCCGAAAAUUAAAAACAGACUGCGUGGUCAAAGAUCCCAGUCACCAGAAGAAGCAGUUGACGCAUUCAAAAAUGCCUGGUGCAGACAACGGUCACUCUGGGAUCAGGAAUGGAACAGUAUUGUCUUUAGUGACGAGUCUCGAUUUUGUUUAGGCAUGCACGAUGGUCGUGCCAGGGUUAGAAGGCGACGUCGUGAAAGGAGGAAUCCACAGUUUUUUGUUGAAAGACAUGUUCAUCACACUGUUGGAGUUAUGGUUUGGGGUGCUAUAGCUUAUGGUUCCAGGUCACCUUUAAUCUUCAUCAGAGGCAACAUGAACACGCAGCGUUAUAUCCAUGAAGUUCUAGAACCCCAUCUUUUACCCUAUCUUGACACCCUGGCAGAUCCAACUUUCCAACAAGAUAAUGCCCGACCACAUGUUACAAGAGUCACAAUAGACUUCUUUCAACAUAAUGAUGUCACAUUGUUACCAUGGCCACCAAGAUCUCCCGACUUAUCCCCAAUUGAGCACGUGUGGGAUAUGAUGGGUAGGAGAUUGCUCAAUUUGCAACAUCCUCCUCAGACUCUAGAAGCACUUCGAGAGGAGUUGGUGGUUGCCUGGAAUGAGAUACCACAGGAGGACAUUGACCACCUGAUCAGAAGUAUGCCUAGGCGCAUUGGAGAAUGCGUAGCACAUCAGGGUGCAUCCACACAUUAUUAA